AUGGCCAUUGCCAAUGGCUUGCCCCCAAAUACACUCUCCAACACGAAUACUAAGAUGCCUUCGUGGAAGAUGCAUACCACCGAAAUGGAUCCUGUGAAGUGAGUUGCGUUACGGAGGGUCCACUUGGACUGCUUUUGACUUAUUGUGAUUUCUUCAGCCUACCUGAAUUCGUUAUAAUAAAGCAACUGAAGCAAUUAAUUGGAGGUAGAUCCGUCUCCUUCCCUCCCACUUUUAUCCUCCAACUGGUGGAUAGUGUGAGUCGGGUCAAGGGCCUAGUGGUGGAGUGUUUGGUACUCGACAGAUAUGCAUGCUGCGACAAUAAUCAACAUCAAUCAUACAUUCCUGUAUGCCUUAUUUGGUCAAAUUCCUGCCUGCAUACAUGCAACCAUUCUGAAACUUUUGUUUGCAGAAAUUACAUUAGUAUUCGUCCGAUAUGCAUGCCGAGACAAAUGCUAACAUCCAUCUAUUGGCUAGAUUGGUAGCAGCUUUUGAUAGCAUAAUAGCAGCGAUGAAAGACAACAGAGGAUGCAGGUAGAUGGAUGCAGUGCUGUUUCGGGCUUAUUUUGCCUUCCUUCAGCCAGUCACAACCCUGACCACCAUCAGCUGGGACCAGAAACACAAACAUGCGCCCAGACACACCUGGCGCAGUUGGUCUAUUACUGGGGUCAACUAGAUGGGUCAUAAGCACUUCAUCGAACCGAAGUUCAUCAGUGUCUCGCCACUUGCAAUUAUUUGUCGCUGCGGAUCGGGUAUUUAUUCAAUCAGGAAAGGGCGCAUACCGACCCACUGGCUUCCCGAAGCAUACAAGCUCGCAUCUGCGGAGACAGAGAAUGACAAGCGGCAAAGCACUGAUGAACUGCGGUUCGAUGAAGGGCUUGUGGCCCACCUAGUUGACCCCAGUAGAAAACCAACAGCGCCAGGUGUGUCUGUGCCCAUGUUUUUGUUUCUGUUUCCAGCUGAUAGUCAGGGUUGUGACUGGCUGGAUGAAGACAAUUAAGCCCGAAACAGUACUGUAUCCAUCUACACGCACUCUCUGUCCGGCCUCAUUGCUGCAAAAGCUAACGUCGAUCAUACAUUCCUGACUGUGUGAUUUGGCCCAAUUCAUGCAUGCAUAUUUGCAACCAUGCUGAUAAAUUAUGCAGCAGUAUAUUACGUUACUCCGUACAUGAGUGUUCCCAGUUAUACUUCCAUUUUCCUGAACAACUACUUUACCAUCGUUAGUGGCAAUGUCAACAAACAGGCGGGGCGCCAAAUCCCUCUGAUGGACAGAUGCCUUCCUACAGAGAUUCUUAUACUGCGUGCGAUUCCCACGGGCCAGACUUUCUCUUCUAAUUUGUUAAAAUAAUGUUAGUAUGUCUACUGUCAGGAGAGUAACCGUGCGACAUGACAUUUGGACAAUGAACAACUGUGCCUUACACAUCAAGAGAUUGUCCCACCGUUUUCUGCAGACAUUCUCCACUUGUAUACCUUCUGGAUUGGCGUACUGGUCGACAGGGUGACCGGGGCGUCCUCUGCCUCAUUUCGGCCUUCCAGCGCCCAUGGAACAUUAAUGUCAUCUAAAAGCAUCCACAGUAGUAUGGCUGUGUGUGAAGUGUCAUCGUACAUUAGCGGCAGGACAGAUUGCACCUAACGCCCUUAUUAACUGCAAGCCACAUGUUACCGACGCCUUUAACUAUAAAAAGGAAAAAAGCCGACUGACAAUUCGUAGAUAAUGCCUACCCUCGACCGUGGUCAAUGUAGCUUCAUGUUCGGCCUCCUCCCAUGAUUGUAUGGCGUGGAGGACGACGCCCUCGUCAGCACACCCCCAAAAUUCUUGGGCAUACCGGAGUUCAGUGUCACCUAAAAUGCGUACGCGGAGUGAGUACAGGCAGGCGACUUGACAGGCCAAAUGGGUGUGGGUUUUGGUCUGUGGGUGGGUGGUGGACGGUGGUGGUGGUGGCGGCGGUUUUGGUGACUCUCAGGUCAUGUCCACUAGCGUGACUUAUGGCCACCGCCAUCUCCCGCACUUGCAUCUCUCAGUGGAGCUACUGUCAGGGAAUUAACCAUGGGGCAUGACAUUUGAAAGGUGAACAACUGUUUUACAUUCAACCGAUUGACCUGCCAUUUGCCAACAUUGCAUUCAUUACUUCUCGCAAAUCUCUGCCAAUCUCGGACCUUCAGGACCGCCGACUGCGGUGAAAAUGGCUUGUUGUGAAUUCCCACGAUGGACCUCUGUGGUCUGCACAAAGGCCCCCUCUUCCGCAUUUUUCCAAAAUUCAAAUCCAAUUUGGAGUUCAGUGUCAUUUAAGAUGCAUACGCGGAGUGAAUGCAGAUGUGUCAGAUGAGCGUCCUUGAGGUAAACUGGUUUCACGCAGCAUAACACACGAUGGCUGGUCGACCGUUGCAUGGAGAAGAGAAAUUGGUGAGAAGAAGGUAGGCAGAGGUGGCGCUGGCGGUGGUGAUGAUGAUGAUGAUGAUGACGACGACGACGAUGAUGAUGAUUGUGGUGGCGGUGAUGAUGAUGAUGAUGAUGAUGAUGAUGAUGAUGAUGAUGAUGAUGAUGAUGAUGAUGAUGAUGAUGAUGAUGAUGAUGAUGACUCGCAGACCAUGUCAAUUGCAGUGACCAGCGCGACGUAG